AUGAGUCCCUCACUGGAUAUCGUCACCCCCAACAGGCACAGCUACAAGCAGCCCACCGGCCUAUUCAUUAAUAACGAAUUUGUCUCCGCCACAUCAGGACAAACCAUCACCUCCAUUGAUCCCGCUACCGAUAAGCCAAUUGCCACUGUCGAUGCUGCAAGUCCCGAGGAUGUCGACCGCGCCGUAAAGGCAGCCAAGGCCGCCCUGGUGCACCCAUCGUGGAAGCUUCUGCCCGCCACCGAACGUGGCCAGUUGAUGGCCCGUCUGGCCGAUUUAAUGUGGGAGAACAGAGAGCUCCUCGCCUCAAUUGACGCGUGGGACAAUGGUAAGCCCUACCAUGUCGCUAUGGAAGAGGACCUUGUUGAGGCUACCACUACCAUCCGCUACUACAGUGGCUGGGCCGAUAAGACUUAUGGCCAAACUAUCAAUACCACCCCGCAAAAAUUCGCCUACACCCUCCGCCAACCUCUCGGUGUUAUCGGUCAAAUUAUCCCAUGGAACUAUCCUUUGGCCAUGGCAGCUUGGAAGCUGGGUCCUGCGCUCGCGUGUGGAAAUACCGUCGUGCUUAAGCCUGCCGAACAGACUCCACUUAGUAUCCUUGUUUUGGCGAACUUGAUCGUUGAGGCCGGUUUCCCGCCUGGCGUUGUUAAUAUUGUGAAUGGAUACGGUCGUGAUGCCGGUGCCGCACUUACUACUCACCCCUUGGUUGAUAAGGUUGCCUUUACCGGGUCGACCGGUACCGGUCGCGAGAUCAUGAAGAUGGCUGCGGGCUCGUUGAAGAAUAUCACCCUCGAGACGGGCGGCAAGUCGCCUCUUCUGGUCUUCCCUGAUGCAGACAUGGAUCAGGCGGUCAAGUGGUCGCACUCUGGCAUCAUGUCUAACCAGGGCCAGAUUUGCACUGCCACCUCGCGUAUCUUCGUGCAUCGUGAGAUUCUCCCUACCUUCUUAGCUGAGUUCAAGAAGGCUGUGGAGGCCGUCUCGAUCGGCGACCAGUGGGACGAGAAUACCUUCCAAGGGCCCCAGGUGACCCGCGCACAGUACGAGCGUAUCCUCUCAUACUUUGAUAUUGCUAAGAGUGAGGGCGCCACGCUCGUCACUGGAGGUGCUGCGCAUGUCCCUGCCAAGGCCGAGAACAAGAAUGGAUACUUCGUCCAGCCGACCGUGUACACUGAUGUGACCGAUUCCAUGCGUAUCGUCCGCGAGGAGGUUUUCGGCCCGGUGGUUGUCAUCUUGCCUUUUGAUACUGAGGAGGAAGCUAUUGAGCGCGCGAACGAUACUUCUUACGGCCUUGGUGCUGCUGUUUUCACUACUGAUCUGGAGCGUGCGCAUCGUGUGGCUUCCGAGCUGGAGUCUGGUAUGGUCUGGAUUAACAGCAGUCAAGACUGCGAUCCUCGGGUUCCGUUCGGUGGUGUUAAGCAGAGCGGCAUUGGUCGCGAACUUGGAGAGGCUGGACUGGAAGCUUAUAGUCAGAUUAAGGCUGUCCAUGUUAACAUGGGAAACAGACUGUAA